AUGAUGUUUUCAUUAUGGUACAACGGACUUACUUUUGCAGCUGUCGCAAUUUCGCUUUGCGAUAAUGUCUAUCUGACGCGCGUAACAUCCUUCCGAAGUACCUGGACUGCUCUUUCCGGACUUUCAAACCCACCGCAUUCAUGGAAUCAACAGAACGGCUCUGCUCAAAGUCUAGGGCGUCCACGUCAUUUCCAUUGCAACGCACAGCUAUUGAUGGCCGCCAAGACUACUCCCCCGUUGCCCCAGAUCCUGCUUCGCGGAAUUCGAAGAUUGCACUCUGAAGUAUCGGGUAAAGAUCCCGAAAACUUCACACAACGCCCCCGGGUGAUUGCUGGCGACAAAUUUAGCGCGCUUGUGUGGUCUUCCUCCCCAAUGCCGAACAAUAUCCAGAUCAUCCUCGACGGAAAAACGGCCACUAUUUCGGGCAGUUCUAAUGAGCGCGCGACCAAAGCAGACUCUACCAGCCCAAAUACGCCUUCACAUAAUUCGGCAGAAUCCGCUUCUUCUAACCAGUCAAGCUCGAAUAAAGAUAAUUCCUCCUCCGACCAUUCUCACGGUUUCUUCAACUUUUUGCUGCAAGCGUGCGUGAUAAGUAUUCUCGUAAUAUGCAUCUACGAGAAAGGCCGGAAACGUGGCGCUCAGGAUUUGACGGCUCAACUUCCGGACGGCAAGAUCUUUACUGAUAGAGAGGGUUUGCGGAAAGAGGAAGAGGAGCUGAAACAGAUCACAGAGACAUUCAUGGUAUUCCACCCUUGCGGAAAGUGUGAUGGUGAGUUCAACGUGCACCACGACAUUCUACGAAACAAGAGAAAGGAGCUGGCGGAGAAGGUUGAGGGGUUGGACAAGAAAGAGUUGGAGCACGUCAGACAGCGCGCAAUGGUGCUCGAGGGAAAGUUGAAGGGGCAAAAAGCGUCGAUCGAGAUGGACAGAGCUCGAGAAAGUCCACGUGAGGCCGUCAAAGCGGGGAUCUUACCAGACGAGACAUAUACUGAGACAGUUGAUGGCCUUUACUCCGAAACUCCAAACUGCAGAGGUAGAAAAGCCGAUCCGUCCAUGGAACAGGCAGAAAUGUUCCCAUCAGCCAAUCUCGUAGUCCAGGUCCCCAGCCAGGGACCUGAGAUGAAUGAGACGCCUAGGACUGUGCGGCAUCGGGAAAAUUCCAUGGCCCACACUAAGCCAGAUACAAGAACUACCGGACCGCCAAGGAUGAAGACAGGGUCAAGUCCAGCAUCUCACGUGGUUCUCAGGAGUCUAUCUGCCGACUACGAUGCCGCAUGUGAGGAGAUGGGCCAGAUCAAGCGGGCGAAAGAAGCCCUAGAGACUCGUGAGAGGGAGUUGGAGGCCCAGGACAAUGACCGGAAGGAGCGUGUUCAGGAGCUCAAUGCACCGAAGUCUGAUCAGAUGUCGUCUAUUGCUUCGGGCAUGCUCCUUGGAUCUGCGCUGGCCUUUGGAGUCACGAUGAUGAUGUUAUGCACGAGUCGAGCAAUCUUCGCCGUCGCGUCCUGCAAGAUUUGGGGCUCGCUACACAUCCGCAGCUCCGAAAUCACAGCCUAUGUCUUCAUUGUCUCGGGUCAAUGGUCCAUUGACCGUGCUGCAGGUAUUGUGCGCUUCCUUCUACAAAGUGCUUACCGGCAUUGUCACACAUGGGACCAUGUGCUUGCAAGCGACCGCACUUGUGGAACUUUCAUUCAUCAACCACAUGGGAUUGAAAGAUAUGUCCAUUCCAAGCAGCUUACUGACACUCUGCCCGUCUCUCUUGUGAAAGAGCUUGGAACUGAUAAUCAAGGACUCGAUGACCAACACCCAAUAUGCGACCACUUUGACAUGGAUCAUGUCCUGCCCGCCCUGCUCAAACGUCUACCAAUUCUGCAGUCUUUCGGUUACGUUGGACCUCUGUCGGCCAAAGUUCUAGCGGCCAUUGUCCAGGUCGAUAGCUGGAGGGUAUUGCAGGUCAGAAAUGGCGACGAGGUGCUCAAGGGCCCUACGACUCCUACUCCAAUCGUCAUCGUACCCUGGACAGAUAUUACACUUGAUUGA